CAAUAUAUACAAAUUUUAAAGUCUUUAGUUAUAGGAACGUUGUACUAAAGAGUUUACUUCAUAAACGUGGUUUGAGACCUAUGGCACCCAAUACUAGCAAAGAUGUCAUCGAUAACGAUUUUGUGGAUGCGGAAGAAUCAAAAUUGGAGAAAUUGGUUGGUCCGCAAGCCGGGCCGUGGAAAUAUGAGAUAAUAUAUGGUCGUUUAGCUGUAUUUGGAUAUUUUCACCUAGCGGCUCUGUAUGGACUCUACCUCGCUUUCACUGCUGGUCCAGCAUGGUCUACGAUUAUUUUUCACUGCAUUGUAUUUUUUUUCGCAAUCAUUGGUGUAUACUUCGGACUUCAUCGUCUCUGGUCCCACAAUGCGUUUAAGGCGAAACUUCCCUUGCAAAUUUUAAUGAUCGUUUGGACUUCUUUGACAUUCCAGUUUAGUGCUUUGAAUUGGAUCAGAGAUCACCGAUUACAUCACAAGUAUACAGAUACAGACGCAGAUCCACACAAUGCGGCUAGAGGGUUUUUCUUUUCACACAUAGGGUGGUUGCUCGUCAAGAAGCAUCCGGAAGUCAAAAGACGCGGAAAGUUUACAGACAUGAGAGAUGUCUACGCAAAUCCAGUUCUGAGGUUUCAAAAUAAGUGGGCGGUACCCUUUAUUGGUAGUAUAUGUUUUAUAAUACCAACAUUGAUACCUAUGUACUUCUGGAACGAGGGACUAAACGUGGCGUGGCAUCUUAGUUUUCUUAGAUUCGUUGCUUCUCUCCACCAAGUAUUUCUGGUUAAUAGUUAUGCACAUUUCGUAGGAACUAGGCCAUAUGACAAGCGUAUAUUACCUACUGAUAAUCGAUCACUUAAUUAUGUAGUCCUGGGUGAAGGAUUCCAUAACUUUCAUCAUGCAUUCCCAUGGGAUUAUAGGUCUGCAGAAUUGGGGACUUUGUUUUUUAAUCCGACUACUUGGUUUAUCGAAUUUUUUGCUAAAAUUGGAUGGGCAUACGAUCUAAAGACUGCAUCAAAAUCUGUAAUAGAAGGUAGGGCUCAAAGAACGGGUGAUGGUACCCGUGUUCAAAAUAAGUCUAAUUAAAACGUGAAUUCCUAAUAAUUUAUUGAACUAAUUUACGCAUAUGAAGAUGAUAUAUGUCGUCCAUAUUUUUCAACAUAUCUGUAAUUUUUUGUAAUAAUU